CACGUGUGUGACGUGGCGCGACUAGUGGGGAGACGUCACUAGUAUCAUGCUGGAGUCGUUUCAACAAUGUGGUCGAUUCGCAAGCUGCUUGGCAAGCCGGACAAGGCUACUACUAAGGGCGCAGCCACAGUCUGGGAGUGGUGCUGCUGGAACUGCUGUGCGGCCGCCGCACUGGAUUGAAGCGCAGCUACGAGCCAACAACGUGGCUGCUAUGGUUGAUCCCACCCUCGCCUCCUCCCUCCGCCCACCCGCCACCAACACCCUUUCAAGCAUCCCUACUAGCAGCAGCACCACCAACACGCUUGGCGGUAUCAUCAACGACAGCACUGCUGAUGCUACACUGAGCGGUCCUCUAGCGAAUGCUCUUGUACCGAGUAUAGUGCGGCUGGCUCGUGCCGGGCUCGCAUGCACUGCCAUAGAUGCUUCCUCCCGGCCCUCGUUAGGCAGCAUCAUUGCUGAGCUGGAAUCUGUGAGGGAUGACGUGGCGACAGCAUUGAGGAACAUGGAGGAGGAAGAGGAGGAAAGGCAGGAAGGGGAGGUGCAUGGAGGGAGUGACGCAGUUGCAGACCAGAUAGGAAACUCACAUGUGGAUCCCGAGACCCAGAGCGAACUCCCUCUAUCACCUGCUCCUUUCUCUCCUCGUCCUGUCGCCAUCGCCACUCCCUCCUCCUCCGCUCUCCCCCUGGCGCCGCUGCUGUGCCAGCAGCUGAGUGUGGGGGAGGUGGUGCGGGCGACCAACGGGUGGGCGGAGGAGAGUCGGAUAGGCAGUGGCGGGUUUGGGGAUGUCUAUCGGGGUGUGAGCCCCCUUGAUGGCUCGACUCUGUGGGCCGUGAAGCGCGCCAAAGUGCUCACCAACGACUUUAAGAAGGAGAUCAACGAGAUGGCAUCGAAGCACCACCCGAACCUGGUGCGCCUGCUGGGCUACUGCCAGUACUACGAUGCUCCAGCAGAGCGCCUGGAGCAGAUCGCCGUGUACGAGCUCAUGCCCAAUGGCGACCUGCACCACUGCAUGCGCGCCCACGAGACAGGGGAUGUGACCCCCCUGACCCUGCAGCAGCGGCUGGACAUUCUGAUAGGGGUGGCUCGCGGACUGGAGUUCCUGCAUAGCUUUUCCAUUGUGCAUCGCGACAUCAAGCCGGCCAACAUCCUGCUGGACAACCGCCUCCAGGCGAAGCUGUCUGACUUUGGGUCGCUGAAAAGGGACGACAGCAGCGGCUCACUGCAGUCCACUCGGAUGAUGGGCACUCCGGGCUACGUCGACCCCACUUAUGCCCGCACCCGCAGGGCCACGCCUAGUGCUGACGUGUACAGCUUUGGCCUGGUCAUGAUGGAGUUGCUCUCGGGCAAGCGCGUGGUGCUGCCAUGUGGUGGUGUAUUGCACAUCAAGGAUUGGGUGGAGCUGCAGGCUGCGAGUGGGAAUAGCACGUCUGUUGUCCACGCGGAUCUCAAUGCACCAGAUGCCAUGGCCUCCAAGUUAGUCCAGCUGUCUCUGUCGUGUGUUGCGGAGUUGACCUUGGAUCGCCCCAACAUGAGCCAGGUAAUAGUUGAGCUUGAAACUCUGAGCAAGGGAUUCAUGGGUGGAAAACAGGAGAGAGUAGCUAGGCAGUUGGAUGCUUGUAUGCAAACCUCUCGUUUAGGCAGAUGUCUGGAAGAGGAGAUCGAUGUGAUCAGGAGCACGCAUCUAGAUGAUUAAUGUGCUAUCUAAUACUGUAUAUGUGGAUAA